AUGAAGGACUUCUUUUCAGGAACAUAUUUGCAUAUUAUGUAGCAUAAUAAUAUUGUCAAUCUUAAUAAUUAAACUUAAUCAAUUGAAAUAAUUCAUGAUGAGUAAGUUGAAGAAAAAUUAAAUAGUAAUUAUGAUGAAGACAAUAAAAAAACUUGGCAGUGA